UUAUAGAUGCAACCAAUGAAGCAAUUGACUAUGAAAAGUAACUCUUCAGUGACUGAGUUCAUGCUUAUGGGAUUAACAGUUCAACCAGGGCUCCAGUUGCCCCUCUUUGUCUUCUUCUUGUUAAACUACACAGCCACUGUGGUGAGAAACCUGAGCUUAAUGAAUCUCAUUUUUCUAAAUUUACAUCUUGACACUCCCAUGUACUUUUUCAUCUUCAAUCUCUCCUGCAUUGAUUUCUGUUAUUCAUUUGUUUUCACUCCCAAAAUGUUGAUGAGUUUUGCUUUAAAGAAGAACACCAUUUCUUUUACAGGAUACAUGAGUCAGCUAUUUUUCUUCUGCUGUUUUGCCAACUCUGAGUGUUAUGUGUUGACAGCCAUGGCUUAUGAUCCCUAUAUGGCCAUCUGUCAGCCCUUCCAGUACACAACUAUCAUGUCACCUAAGAUAUGUUGUCUGAUGAUGGGUUUUGCAGGGGCCAUGGUUCACACAGGGUUUAUGAUCAGGCUCAGCUUUUGUGAUUCUAACAUCAUCAACCACUACAUGUGUGACAUCUUUCCUCUCCUUCAGCUCUCCUGCAGUAGCACCUAUGUCAAUGAGUUUGUGAGUUCUGCUGUAGUUGGAACAAUUCUCAUUUUAUCUAGCAUCAUUAUUUUAGUCUCAUAUGCUAUGAUUCUUUUCAAUAUCAUUCACAUGUCAUCAGGAAAGGGUUGGUCCAAAGCCUUGGGCACCUGUAUGUCUCACAUCAUAACUGUUAGUCUCUUUUACGGAUCUGGGCUACUAGCUUAUGUCAAACCAUCUUCUGCUGAGACUGUACGCCAAGGUAAAUUUUUCUCAGUGUUUUACACUCUUGUGGUUCCCAUGCUGAAUCCUCUCAUUUACAGCCUCAGGAACAAAGAUGUCAAAGACGCUGUGAAGAAAACCAUGAAGAGAAUCACAAGUUGA